AAAGGAGCGCCGGUAACGUUCCAUUGCCACGACAACCGUACUGCGCAUCCUCUUUAUCCAAACCGCUACCUAGCGGUCCGCAGAAACGGAAUAGAGCACACAAGGGAAAAUACCCUGGGGAAUUAUACCACAGAUCACCUCCGGUCCUCCGUGGUAGCAGUUGUGGAUGCACAAGCACACAUUACCGUUCAUCGGCUUUAUUGUCGCUGAUCACAAUUCCACAUUCGCCAGUUUCACGUUGAUGAAUUUCAGUCACGCGAGUACCCGGGAAUAUGACUUAUGAGUGUGUGUGGCGCAGCGGCACCAAUGUCUUUAUUAGUCAGCGGUAUGUUGUUAGCGCUGCGUUCACCGCGCAACAGCUCUUUACGCCACCCAUGCACAAUGUAUCAGCCAUGAUUGUUGUGCCAUGGCGCCGACCAUCUGCGUCACCGGGUGCGUAAUCGGAAAACCUCGUCUGGUUCUUGAAAGCCAAAGGGCGCGUCUGCUACGUGGCGUUGAUUGUUCCGGUGGGAGUAUGCCGGUCGGUAUCGAUGCUGGUUCAGAGUGGAUGAUGUGCUGGACGAAUGGCUGGUUCGAACCGCGUUUAUACGGUGAUGGCAUUGACCAGCGCUAAUAAUGUGGCUGUUUUUUUGGAUCUGAUCCCAUGUGCAGUGGUGGCCAGUGGUCACGCUGGCCGCUGGGUGCGAGCAGCUCAUUGCAGUGGACCUCGUAAUGAAGCGGGAAAAUGUCAAGAGCCGGAAUGCCAAUUUGUCUUUUAUCACCUUGAAUCUUUGAUUUCACAUCUCUGUGCUUUCCAUAAUCGGGUUGAAUUCAGCGUGAAGGAGAAAACAUUUCAAAAUUUCGAUGAAUUUGUAUCUUGGAAAGCUGAUUUCGAAGAUUUGACUGCCAGCCAAUUCAACCAUGCGAAUGGAGAGAAAAAAACUGGAGCUGAAAAAUCUCUCAGAAUGUAUUCUUGCUUUCGAAAUUUCAAAUCUACCGGAGACGGGAGUUCGAAAAAAGAACGAAAAUUUAAAUGUACCGCUUUUAUUAAGGUUAAAACCACCAGUGAAAGUGUGGUAGCGUCUUAUUGUGAGCAACAUUAUGGCCACGAUGUCAACGCUGACCUUCAUGCUCAAAAGAUUCCCGAAAGACUUCGGAUCGAUAUCGGAAGUAGGCUGGCUUUGAGCGCAGACCCACGCGUAAUUGUGCGAGAUGUGCGAAAAAGCGCAUGGGAAAGGCUCGAGAAAGAGGGUGUUCAUUCGCGUGCAUUAUACAUUACAUUGCAAGAUGUAUACAACAUUCGUCGCGAACUAAAGCUGCACUGGGAGCCACGCAAAGCCUGUGAAUACCAGUCAAUGGGACUUGAAGCUGCGUACGAAAACACGGUUCCAUUUCAGGAAAGGAAUUUGUUAUACUUAAAAAACAUCUCGCAAAAAUGUAUGCAAUUCCCGGAAUUACCCGAAUCCUAUUUUAUUGCCGUUCUUCAGACGCCUUUUCAAAGGGCACAGUUUAAAAGACUAAACCGCAAAAGUCUGUGUAUUGAUGCAACACAUGGUGUUUGUGGCCAGCGAGGAUUUAAACUUAUAACGCUAAUGGGUAUCGAUGCUGCAGAACGCGGAUUUCCAGUUGCACAUUGUAUUGCAAAUCACGAAGACGAAUUAACAGUUUCGGCUUUUUUCAAAAUGCUGAAAGAGCAAAUCCUAAAUUUCCAUGCGGAGUGGUUUUUAUCUGAUGAUGCUCCUGCGUUUUUUAACGCUUACCAGCAAGUGAUUGGAUGCAAUGCCAAAAAAAUACUAUGUACAUGGCAUGUACGGAAAAAUGUGAAUCAGUGGCUUGACAGACACGCGCGUUCGUUUACCGAUGCGAAAAAGCGAUUCGGCAAUAUUAUGUAUGCUCGCGGAAUAUCUGAAGCGGAAGCCGAAAGCGCUGAGCUGAUUAGAUUGGUCAGCACGGACAAGAAGGUGUAUUCUUAUUUAUCCCAGUAUCUGGAACGCAUAAGCGAGUGGUCACUGCCUUACCGCAUCGGCGCUGCCUUUUCGACCAGUGCGUUUAUAGAAAGCUUCCACAGAGUUCUUAAGCGCGUACAUCUGAAUGCAAAAACCGGCCUUCGAAUUGAUGAGCUGUACGGCGGCCUACUGGACUUCAUCGAGCAGCUUGAAAUUAAGCUUUUUACUGAUACCGUGACUGCCAGUCCAUCGUACCGACAGCAGCAAAUUAAGCGAAAUCACCGGGAGGCCGUAAAAUCAAUUUCGAAGUAUUCGUUUGAAAAAGAGGCAGAAUCUCGAUAUGUUUGCAAGAACUUGAUUACUUUUAAUGAACAUGUCAUUAUCCUUGCUGAGUGUGCUACAAGAAACUGCGAAACGGUUUGCACCGGAUGCAAUGUUGCGAUUUGUAUUCACGGUUUUCUUUGCGACUGUCCUUCUGCAGUAGGAGGGUUUCGGGCUUGUAAUCACGUCCAUUUGCUCUGUCUAUCCAAAAAAGCACAACUGCAGUCGUCUUCUCUUCUUAAAGAUUCCCAACAAACAGCUGACUUCUUCGGUUUCGAAAAUGUCGCCCAGGCGGGGUCAGACUUUCUAAUGUCCACGCUACAGAGCGCUUCAACUGUGCCACAAUCGUCUGGGUCGAAAUAUACAAUGCAGUUGCAGACACUUCGCGAUUUUUUAAAUGACGCCACGGACAACAAGAGUCCAGAAAACUUGGAGCUGGUGUCGAAGUGUGCUGCGUUAAUUCAGAAACACCGGACGAAAGCUGAUUUGUUAAGUCAGAUUUCUACAGCCGGAAUUCGAGAAGCAAAAGCAAGAAAUUCAAGACUAAAACGUCAGCCGCGCAGAUUUAAGAAGUCCAAGAAGAAGACUAAACAAGUUUAAUGUUCCCAAAGCGAAUAACGUUGGAUUACGUUUGUAGUUGUACUAACUCUGUUACUCUGGUUUGGACUAUAAUUUAACCUCUGCAUUGUGAUAGCUUUAUCACUCGGGUUGAGACUAUGAUGUAGACUUGCGUUCAAUAUACUAACUUUGCUGCUCAGAUUUUAUUUAGAUUUAGCUUGUACUGGUAACGUGUACUUCUGAACCA